GUAAAAACCAAAAGUAAAUAGCUGGCCAUAAAUAUUUAAUUCGUGGGAGAACUGAGAACUGAAUUUCGCUCAGUGCGAUAAUGAGCAAGUGAGUACACCCGGAGAGCCCCACGGAGCAGGAGAACCCCUAAGAGAGAGAGAGAGAGAGACCCCCGGAGUGGUGUAACGAUAACUGUUAUCGUCGUCGAAGACAGACCCAAAAUGGCCGACGAAGAUCUCAGUCCGCUGCCCUUCCGCCGGGAGCGCAAUCUCAGCAACCGCAACUUCAACAAACGCAACUCGCGCCGCCGGAUCAGCCAGCAGGCGUCGGAGCAGGAGCGUCAUAGCAGCACGCUGGUUAGUAGCCAACCGGAGUCCAUCGACGUCGCACGGAGAGAUAGUGUCUCGGCCAGCAGCAGCAGUUCCAGCUCGCUACACAUUUCGUACUCCGUGAAUUCCGACACGGAGAGCGCCUUCAAUCGCCGCUCUUUGCUCAAGAUGCGCGCGGCGACGGAGAACGGCGGUGGGGUGGAUGCCACAACCGCAACGGAGGAGCCACCAAUGUCACCACAAACACCCGAUCCCGCCUGGCUGGAUGUCCGGCAGAAGGUGCAUCGUUUCGAGAACUUCAAGACCAACAUUUGUUUCCUGAAGCAGGAGCGGAACAGUCUCAAAUUGCUGGAGAACCGGCGUCAUCCCUCCUUCGAGGAUUACACAGGCACACCGCCACCCACUCCGCCACGUGGCAUCCGCCGCCUUGGUUUGAGCAGCAGCCGCAGCAGCUCCAUACCCAGCAUUCCCGCCACCAGCAUCGAUGAGGUUCGUUCCGAGGACGAAGUGGACCAGAUCUCUGACUUUGAAACGGAUUCACAUGCUGUCGAGGGUGGAGAAUAUGUCCUGGAUGGCACCACCUCGGAGGUGCUGCCGCCAAGUGAGGAGGUCGAGGAGUCCAAGCAGCAGCAGCAGCAGGUCCACCGUUCCAUAAGUGCAGAUCAGGCCAAGGGAGAGCUCACUUUGCCGCUGAAAAUGCGCAACGAUUUUCCAAGAAACUAUCGUUCUACGCCGAGACGAAAGACUGAAAUCAUUGGCACCACAAACGAGCAUGUUGUGGGCAAGUUUCAUUCGAUGUACCAGCCAAAAGAUGAAGAGGAAGAGGUGGAGAUCGAGUUGCGGGACAAGAGCGACAAGUGCGUUCAUCCUAUUCUGGAGGAGCUGAUUAAGACGGAGGAGGCCUAUGUGAAUAAUCUGUAUACGGGCCUUGAAAACUAUGGCAACAUCUUCCAGCGAAAGGAUCUGCCACUGGGUCUGCGUGGCAAGAAAUACGAUUUGUUUGGUAAUAUCGAGCAAAUAGCCGAGUUCCAUCGGGAUGAGUUCCUGCCCAUGUUGCAGCGAAAUCGAAGGGAUCUGAAGCGAUUGUUUGAUGAGUUCCUACAGUUCCUAGAUCAAAACUGCUUCUAUGGCUAUGUGAUCUUUACCAUGAACAAGCAAAAGUCUCUUAAACUGUGCGAUCUCUACAAGAAUUACUUUACUAGCAUUCGCCUGGAACGCGAUGACAAGUUGGGCAUCAACAGCUUCUUGGUCCAACCCAUUCAGCGAAUGGCACGAUAUCCUUUGCUCCUCACGCAGUUUAUCAAUACAUUUUUCAAAAACCGUGAUAUAGUAAUGAAGCCACUGAUUGAAUCAUGUUGCCGGCUGGAGAAGCGGCUGCGUUCCCUGCUGACCACCACCAAUGAAUCGGAGAACAUUAAUGAUAUAGUGGAUUGUCAUGAGUUCAAUGUCUUCUACCAGGGGAAAUUCCGCAAGGUGAACGAGUUUCAGGUGCUUGAUCACAAACUGAAGCGCAGCUAUCGAGCCAAGGUCUUUAUUUUCGACAAAUGCAUCAUCUAUACGGAGAUCAAGGGCAAGAGCCUGCUCUUCCAUGGACGUUAUCCCUGCGAGCAUAUUGGUAUUUCCGCCAAGACAAAGUCCUUUACGCUGUACUAUGAGCGUAGGAAGCAACAGGAGUGCGAAUUCACUGCGGAUCCAACACAGAUUGCCCUUUGGCUGGACCUCAUCAGGGAUAUGAUCAACAAUUAUGCCAACGAAGAGCGGGCAAAGCUCCAGGAGCGCUACUCCCGGGAGAAUGAUCAUCUGCAUCGGAAGGCGCCCAGUUUUUCGCUAUAUCGCGACUCGAAUCGCUUCAGCUCAGACAGUGGCAUUGGUAACAUCUGGAUAAUGCCAAAACCGGAUGAGGAUACCAUCAGUAAUCGUACCACUUGGUAUGCGGCCUCGUAGAUCCCAAGGAAAUCCCUCUAGCGAGAAAGGAUCUUUGCCAAAUGAUGGGGAAUCCGCAGUGAUAAUAAAAAUGGGGGAAUCCCAAUCCCAUGCCUCAGGGCCAAGAUGGCCGAGUCGUCUAUUCAAAUAUUCGAAAUGUGUUUCAAAUUUCUGCUCAACGCUUGCCGCGAAUUGCAGCAAAUUCCUUUCGAUUUGAAUGCUAAAUCACCAAAUAUUCUUUGUAUUCUAAGUUUAGUUAAAGUUAAAUGUAAAUAUUCAUGUAUUAUUGUUGUCACUGAAACUGUAAUUC